CGGCUGCCUCCCCCAGGGCCUGGGCUUCAGCAUCGUCGGGGGCAAAGACAGCAUCUACGGCCCCAUCGGCAUCUACGUCAAAACCAUCUUCGAGGGCGGGGCCGCCGCGGCCGACGGCCGGCUGCAGGAAGGCGACGAGAUCCUGGAGCUGAACGGGGAGCCCAUGGCCGGGCUGACGCACCAGGACGCCCUGCAGAGGUUCAGGGGGGCCAGGAAGGGGCUGCUGAGCCUGACGGUGCGCACCCGCCUGCCGGCGCCGAGCUCGGGCCCCUGCGCCCUGGGGCACGGCGGCCCCCCGGAGGCUCCCGCGGGCAGCGCCGGGCCCAGCUGCCGGGUGCUGGUGGCCGUGUCCCUGCACAAAGAGGCGGGCGUGGGCCUGGGCGUCGGGCUGUGCAGCGUGCCCGGCCUGCAGCGCCUGUCCGGCGUCUUCGUGCACACGCUGUCCCCCGGCUCCGUGGCGCACCUGGACGGCCGCCUGCGGUGCGGUGACGAGAUUGUGGAGAUCAACGCCGCCCCCGUGGCCUGCAUGACGCUGGGCGCCGCGCACGCCGCCCUGAGCCGCUGCGAGCCGGGGCCCGUGCCCAUCCUGGUCAGCCGGCACCCGGACCCGCAGGUCUCGGAGCAGCAGCUCAAGGCGGCCGUGGCCCAGGCCACCGACGGCCUCUGGGCCGGGCGGGAGCGGCCCCCCUGGAGCCCGGAAGGCGCCGUGCGGCCGGAGGGCAGCUGGCACGGGCGGCCGGCCGAGCGGGCCGGGCGGGGCUCGGCGCCCCCGCAGCGCCGCCCGCAGGCCAUGGUGCGCUCCAGCAGCGACGGCGGCUGCGCGUGCGGGUCCCCGGGGGAGAGCCCGCCGGCCCGGACGGUGCUGGUGAGGAGGCCCGCGGCCGCCAGGCCCCCGCCCCCGCCCCGGAGGAGCUGCAGGGCCGACCCCGCGGCCCCCGCCCCGGAAGCAAGCCGGCUGCUGCCACCGCUGCUGCCUCCGCCGCAGGAAGUCCCGGCGGCCGGAGUGCCCCCUGCCCUCGCCCGCUGCCCCGGACCCCAGGGCGGCCUGCAGCCGGCGGGCCCCGAGGUGGCCGGGCCAGGGACCCCGCCGCCCCCCGCACGGCCCCCCGCGGGCGCGGAGGACCCCUGGGUGCGGAUCUCCGGCUGUAUCCGGAGCCUCUUCAGCCCCGGCAUGAGCGAAGGCCCCGGCCCCGGCCAAGGUCACGGCCACGGCCCCCCCCAGGCCGGGUCCCCAGGCCCCGCGGACGGCGCCCCCGGGCCCCUGGACAUUGGCCCCAGGGCUCCCCCAAUGGGCAGCGGCGCCGUGAAGAAGGGGCCCCCCGUCGCCCCCAAACCCGCCUGGUUCCGCCAGAGCCUGCGGAGGCUGCGGGCCCAGGGCCCGGACCCCGGGGAACCCCCCGCCGCAGCCUCCGGGGAACCCCCCGCAGCCGCCUCCAGGUCCCUCAGCUCCAUCCGCCACAGAAUCAGCUCCUUUGAGACCUUGGGGUGCUCCCCGCCGCCCCCCCAGGCCGCCCCGAGACCCUGCCUGCAGCCCCCCCGGCCCCAGGUCGAGGCCCCCGAGCCCCCCGUGGGACAGGGAGGCAGGGGGCCCGGCCUCGGUGGCCCAGGGGCGCCCCCCGCCUCGGAGCAGCGGGCCCCCGGGGACGGGGGUGCAGGGGGGACCCCGGCCCCCCCGGAGCUCCAGCCCCCCGGGCGGCGGGCCCGCAGCCUCCCGCUGAGCCGCGCGCGCUCCCUGGACGCGGACACGGGGGACGGGACCUGCCGGCUCCGUGCGCUCAGCGGCCGCGUGUCCUGCGCCGUCCUGCGCUCCCUGCUGGGCCGCCCGGCCUCCGCCCCCGGCAGCCCCCGCGGCCGCGCGCCUGCAGAGGCCUCCCCAGGCCCGGACCCGGACCCCGCCGCCGGCAGCACGGACUCCGGGUUCUCUCUCAACCUCUCGGAGCUGAGGGGGUACUCGGAGGGCCUGGGGGAGCUCGGGGAGCCCCCGGAGGCCACGGCCUGCAGCCCCGCGGCCGGCCAGGCGGUGCUGGCGCUGCUGAGCGCGGAGGAGCUGCGGGAGCUGCUGGAGGAGGUGCAGGAGCUGGACGCCGCCGCGCUGCAGCUGGAGAGCAUCCACGUCACCGUCCUGCACAAGGAGGAGGGCGCCGGCCUGGGCUUCAGCCUGGCGGGGGGCGCGGACCUGGAGAGCAGGGAGGUCACGGUCCACAGGGUGUUCCCCAGCGGCCUGGCCGCCCAGGAGGGCACCAUCCGGAAGGGCGACGAGGUGCUGUCCAUCAACGGCAAGUCCCUCAGAGGCGCCACGCACAGCCAGGCGCUGGCCAUCCUGCGCCAGGCCCGGGAGCCCCGCCAGGCGGUGGUGGUCACCCGGCGGCCGGCGGCCGGCGCGCGCCCCUCGGUGGAGGCCCCCGCCCCGGCCGCCCCGGCCGCCGCGGCCCCCGCGGUCCCCGCGGCCGGGGACGCCCCCUCGGACCCCGCAACGGAGGACGCGGUCGCCAUGGAGACGCUGACGCUGACGCUGGAGAAGACGCCGGCGGGGCUGGGCUUCAGCCUGGAGGGCGGGCGGGGCUCGCUGCAGGGGGACCGGCCCCUCACCGUCAACCGGGUGUUCUCAGGGGCGGCCUCGGGGCCGGAGAGCGUGCGGCCGGGGGACGAGGUGCUGCAGCUGGCGGGCGCCACCACGCAGGGCCUCACGCGCUUCGAGGCCUGGAGCCGCAUCAAGGCGCUGCCCGACGGCCCGGUCCCCGUGAUCGUGCGGAGGAGGAGCCCGCGGCCGCAGCGGACCCCGAGCCCGGCGCCCCCGUAGGCCGCCCGCCCGCCCGCCCGCCGCACGUCCGCCGCGAGGCGCCGGAGACGAUGCUCAGGGUCACUCUGGGCC